CUUUAAUUUAAUCACGCCAUUUGUAUUGAAGUGUGAGCAUUAUUUUAUCGGUAAACUAAAGGUAAAUAUAGAGGAAGAUGACUGAGAAGAUAGCAAACACAAUGACGUCUCUGGCAGAGGAGAACAGAGAUGUUAAAAUCUCCCUCAGAUUAUUACUCAAAUAUGAAAUACAGUCUCUGCUUGAGAGAUUAUAUGCACUUGGUGAUGAUAGUUUAUUGAUACUGACAAACACUAGUGAGGGAACAUGUUCUCAUCUAGGAACAUCAAACGCUGACAACUUCCUACAAUCUCUACAAACAAAUUGUGGUGUUAACUUGAAAGAUACAUUUCAAAAGUUCUGUUCCAAUUGUGGAGGAACCAGUCAACACAUGGCGAUGUCAAAUCUGCCGGGAUCAAGUUCAUUUACAGGAAGUCAAAGUCAGUGCCAGAAUGAGGCUAAGAUUCAACCCUUAUUACAGACAGCAUCACUAUCAAAUUUCCAAAGUCAGCUCAACAGUUUAAAUUCUAUGAUAAAUAGUCCACACCAAGUGAAGCAAGAUUUCAACACAAGGUUUACACCAUACCCAACACCUGGCGCUGGGGCUCAUUCUAAACAAUUUAAUACAAUGAACAUGACUGUUAUGAAACCAGCAGAGAUCACAACUCCACUUCAUCCUCCAGUAAUGGAAAGAAAGAAGAGAAAUGCCUGUCGACAUUUCCUGAGUAAAGGAUAUUGCUGGCAAGGUAGUACUUGUGCCUUCCUGCAUACUAGAGACCAACGUAUACUUGAUGCCGUUGGUAUCACACUCACCAGUAACGCGGACCAAAGUAACCAGUCAGCUAGCAACCAAUCGCCUAGCAACCAGUCACCUAGCAGUACUGAAGAGAAGGAACUACAUGAUGAUUCAAAAUAAUUCCAAUAUUCUUGUACUUUAUACACAGAAUCCUAAAUAUUGUAAUAGCAUUAAAUCUGUCAUCCAUCUUACAUCUUUAUCUACACUUCCUUUAAACAACAUCUAAACCAUAUGGCAGAUUUUGACCAAAUUUCUCAGGAAUUUUCAAUGGGUGGUCCUCAAAAGAAGUAACAUCAUUUUCCAGUCAGCAAACACAUUAAAUCAAUUUUGAUCUAAAAGCAAGUUUAUCCAAGAUUCCAAUAUUUACCAUCAAAAUUAUAAUGUAUUCCACCUAUUGUGAUAGCCAUUAAGUCAUACAUGUAUUAACCAGUCAUGAAGGAUAAGCACAAAAUAAGAAUUAAAGUAGCGAUAAUAUUAGUUUAUACUUAUUUAUUUUAGUCUGAUUGUGUUGAAAGCUACAAGUGUAUUGAAGCACUCUCAAAUCUGUCCCUGGAAUCAACCAUUACUAAGCAAUAAGUUUGAAGUUUCUUGCUCAUGGAAACAACAGCUUGCCUGCCCUGACAGGUUUGAACCCAUGCAGACAGUAAUCCUAAGAUUGUUAGUCUGAGGCAUUAACCACUAGGCCAAGCCGUUACUACUAGUGAUAAUAUUGAGAACUGAUGAGAUAUUUGUAGACCAUUCUAAUCAUUAUCUAUUUGUGAUGACUGAUAUUUGUUUAUGUUGACAUUUUAGCACUAUAGUGAUGAUAUUAAAAAUUUCUUUAACGAAGGGGGAUAACUCUAAAUGCUUGUAAUCAGGUCUUCUUAUACCUUUGUAUUAUAUACAUAAAAUAUUUGUCUACAAAAUUCUAUUUUAAUUGUGAUGUAAAUGUUUGUAAGAAUAAAGAUUAAUACAA